UUGAUGGCACUCAAGGCGACGCUUAUCCGAAGGAUUUGUCCACCCUGCGAUGAUAAGUUGGUGCACCUUCGCUUGGGAAUGACAAAGCGAGUAAAUACAACAGAAAUGGCUCAUCUCGGCACCGAUGCAUUUUCUGCUAAAAGUUUUUGGCACAAUGGCCCUGCCCCAGGGGCCUUCUACAACUUCCCAGGAAUGCAGAGUGGAUCUUGCAAUAAAGAGGCCCAGAGAUCUCAGCAACCAAUCACCACUGGAACAUCUGUGCUUGGUCUCAAGUUUGAGAAUGGUGUGAUCAUCUGUGCAGACACCCUUGGAUCUUAUGGCUCAAUGGCCCGGUUCCGUGACUGCCAGCGAGUGAUGAAAGUGAACAACAACAUCGCUGUCGGAGUUGGUGGUGACUAUGCCGACUUCCAGUACUUGAAGAGGAUCAUCGACCAGAAAAUCAUGGACGAACACAUUGCUGAUGACGGUUUCUCCCUCAAGCCAAAAGCUCUGUACACCUGGCUCACCAGAGUCAUGUACAACAGAAGGAACCGUUUUGACCCCCUGUGGAACAAUUACGUAGUUGGAGGCAUACAGGAAGGCGUUCCUUUCUUAGGCGCUGUUGACCUGAGGGGAAUGGCUUAUCAGGAUAGACACAUUGCCACAGGGUAUGGUGGCUACAUUGCGCUGCCCCUGUUGAGAGACGCAGCUGAGAAGAACCCAAAUAUGACUCAGCAGCAAGCGAAGGACAUCAUGGAGAAGUGCCUUGAGGUGCUCUACUAUCGCGACGCUCGUUCAUUCCCCAAGUACCAAAUGGCAAUUGUGACUGCUGACGGAGUCACUGUAUCUGAUGUUCUGGAGCUUAAAUCCAACUGGGAAGUGGCACACAUGAUUAGUGGAUUUUAAACAAGAAUGGCUGAUUUUCUACUCCCGAUUCUGAAGGUAUUUCCCAAAUUCUGCUAAAUUUCUUUGUUAUUAAAAUAAUUAAUAAAUCGUAAUUUAAGAAGAUAAGAAAUAUUUGUA